UGUGGGUAUAUAUGAGAUGGUGACGAGGUGUGUGUACGUCCACUUCAUUCCUGGAGUCACUCAAGUCAUGCGGUUCACAAGCAUCCUCCUGCUGGUGGUGGUGUUGGCGGCGGCGGUGCUGGCGGAGGCUGACCCUGCACCGGGCGGCAAAGGCAAAGGGCGAGGAGGGGGAGGCGGCCGCUACCACUACGUCUAUGUCCCCGUUCAUGUCCCCGUUCACCACGUUAAGCAUGUCCACCACGGCUACGGACACGGCGGUGGCUACGGGCAUGGUGGCGGCGGAGGUUAUGGCCAUGGCGGUGGUGGCUACGGGCAUGGCGGUGGUGGAUAUGGCCAUGGUGGUGGUGGUUAUGGACAUGGUGGUGGCGGCCAUGGUGGUGGUUAUGGUGGCUAUGGACACUGAGUUGACAAGAGAGAGAAAAAACUGAGGUGAUAAGAAUUAACAUCUCUACGAAGUGUGUGCGUGUGUGUGUGUGUGUGUGUGUGUGUGUGUGUGUACAUUAUGUUUCGAAGUCAAGAGAAAACGAUAGAGAAUAGAACGUAGAAUAAAUUGUUACAUGAUUCUUUUUGGUUAUGUUUUCGACAAUAAAGAUU